GAAAUAAUAAUAAUCUGUGUUAGUUGCUCGUCAUCAUCAUCGUCGUCGUCAUGUACAACGGCGUAGAGGCGACGGCUGUCAAGGGGACGGGCCUCAGCGGCUACGUCCAGCGCAGCCGCGUGAACGUCACGACGGCCGGCCGCUCCGCCGCUCCUCUGACGGAGGACGAAGUGGCCAAGGAGGGCGGCGAGUCGAUCAACCCACUCGCGCAGCGUCGGGCGCAGAUGGAGAACAAGGAAAUGGCGUCGCGACUGGCGGCCCACCACGCGCUGCGGGACGUGCGGCUUCGUGUGCUGCUGUACCGCGAGGAGCGCGCGGCGGCCGGGGUGGACGUCGUGACGGUGGACCGCGAGUGCGACGAGCUCUACGCCUCGCUCUUGACCACCGCGAAGCACCAGUUGAAGACACAGCAGAAGGCGGAGCAGGCGAAGUCGGCCGCGAAGUUCGCUGCAGCGUUUGGCAUCAAGCAGCCAGCAUCGUCAGCAUCAGCGGCAGAGGUUACUCGCGGCAGCGCCUUUGAUAGGGCGGUGCAGGACGUGGAGAAGCAGAGAAGCGAGGAGGAGCGUCGGCAGCGGCAUGAGCAGCAGCUGGUGGAGCACCUGAAGCGGGUGCGCCGUGAAGGUGGCGAGGGGGUAGUUCAUGCUCAAGAAGAAAAGAGAGUUAUUUUCGCUGAUAAAACGAAAAACCAAUAA